AUGUGCUCCAGACAGAGCUCCGGAGGCUGCCAUGGAAUGUCCUAUCAAUCCAGUGGUUGCCACAGCGGGGGCUCCUCCUACUGUGGGGGCUCAGGCAGCUACGGCGGUGGCAAGAUCAUCGUCAGCUCUGGGGGUGGAGGAGGUGGAUCCUGCUGCAGUGGAAGCUCCUCAAGCUAUGGCAUGGGAGGAGGCUACGGUGGUGGAUCCUGUGGGGGAUCUGGCCAGAAGAUCAUUGUUAGUUCAGGUGGUGGAGGAGGAUGCUGCAGUGGGGGAUCCAGUGGUGGGUAUUCAGGAUCAAAGAGCAUCAUUGGAGGUGGAAGCAGUGGAGGAUACUCUGGAGGCUGUAGUGGAGGAUCCAGUGGUGGGUAUUCAGGAUCAAAGAGCAUCAUUGGAGGUGGAAGCAGUGGAGGAUACUCUGGAGGCUGUAGUGGAGGAUCCAGUGGUGGGUAUUCAGGAUCAAAGAGCAUCAUUGGAGGUGGAAGCAGUGGAGGAUACUCUGGAGGCUGCAGUGGAGGAUCCAGUGGUGGGUAUUCAGGAUCAAAGAGCAUCAUUGGAGGUGGAGGUAGUGGAGGGUACUCUGGAGGCUGCAGUGGAGGAUCCAGUGGUGGGUAUUCAGGAUCAAAGAGCAUCAUUGGAGGUGGAAGCAGUGGAGGAUACUCUGGAGGCUGUAGUGGAGGAUCCAGUGGUGGGUAUUCAGGAUCAAAGAGCAUCAUUGGAGGUGGAGGUAGUGGAGGGUACUCUGGAGGCUGUAGUGGAGGAUCCAGUGGUGGGUAUUCAGGAUCAAAGAGCAUCAUUGGAGGUGGAAGCAGUGGAGGGUACUCUGGAGGCUGCAGUGGAGGAUCCAGUGGUGGGUAUUCAGGAUCAAAGAGCAUCAUUGGAGGUGGAAGCAGUGGAGGAUACUCUGGAGGCUGCAGUGGGGGCUCCUCAAGCUAUGGUAUAGGAGGAGGUUACAGCGGUGGAUCCAGUGGGGGAUCUGGCCAGAUCAUCAUCAGCUCAGGUGGUGGAGGAGGCUCAUCUGGAUGCUGCAGCGGAGGAUACAGUGGUGGCUCCUCAGGCCAGACAAUCAUCAUCAGCUCUGGAGGGGGCAGCGGAGGGUCCUAUCAGUCCUCCCAGCAGAAAUGCCCUAUUGUCGUCCCCCACAUCCAGUCCCAUCAAACCAAGCAGUCCUGCCACUGGCCAGGCAGAAGGAAAUAG